AUGUUCCGACAAAGUUAUAUUAUUUUAAUAAUAAUUAUUAUUAUUUUCACGUUUGUUUCAAUAAUAAAUACACAAAAUUUACCACUAUGUGAAUCAUUAAAUGAUAUCGAUGAUAAUAAUAAUAAGAAUUCGGAAAUAAAAUCACGACGAGUACGUGCUAUUUGUGAUGCUAUUUCUUCAUCUCGAGUUUCAUCGGAUAAUGAUGAAUUCGAAUCAAUACCGGAUUUUGAUUUAACUCAAAUGAAUUCAGACAAUGAUGUGAAUCAAAUAUUAAAACGAUAUCGUCGAGGUCGUUCAUCUAGUAGCAGCAGUGGUAGCCGAUCCUCCAGCAGCAGUAGUCGAUCAUCAUCCGGUGGUAGUCGAUUUAGUAGUAGUUUCAGUAGAAGUGGUAGUAGUAGUAGUGGUAGCAGUAGUGGCUCACGUUUUUUUGGUGGCAGUCGAUCAUCAUCUUCUUCAUCUGGUGGAUCAUCAAGAAUUUUUAGCCGCAGUAGCCCAUCAUCUAGUGGUAGUGGCUCCUCAUCCAGUGGCACUGGUAGUCGAUUCUUUAGUCGUAGUAGUGGUUCAUCAUCCAGUGGCACUGGCAGUCGAAUAUCAAGUCCCAGUAGUGGUUCGUCAUCAUCAUCGUCAUCAUCCGGUAAAGGUGUUCGAAUUUUCUCUCGUACGCCAUCAUCAAGUAACACUGGAAGUCGAGUACGUAACGCAAUUCGUUCAAUGAUACAUAAGCCAUCGUCACCAGGCAAAGGAAUACCAUCUGCGUCUGGUGGAUUAGCAGGUACAGGUGGAAGUAAACCUGGCCUAAGUGAUAAAAUUCGAAAAAUUACAAGCGGUGGUGGUGGUGCAUUUGGUUCCAGAACAGGUGGAAGUGGAGGUGGAUUUGGAGUAGCAGGUUCUAGUGGUAGUGGCGGUAAUGCUUGGGUUCGUGCUGGAAAAAAAUUUUUACCUCAUGCUGUCAACUUCGGUAAACGAUAUUAUCAACGACGAAAAUAUAGUAAGGGUAUGUAUGCUGGUAUGGGUGCUGGUGCAGGUUAUUAUGCCGGUAGUCGUAUGAAUAAUCACAAUAAUCAUAAUAACCACUAUUAUCCACAAGAUAAUUACGGUUAUCCACCUGUUGUUGAUACUCCUCCUGAUCAAAUAAAUGGCAAAGCACCAACAGUUUUUUAUUGCAUUCAAGAAAAUCUUAAUGCAACAUUAGUCAAUCAAACAUUAAAUGCUGAAGGUUUUGGUGUAUGUAAUAUAUCUGGAGAAUUAAUUGAAUGUCCACUUGAAAUUGAAUGUAAAACAGAUGAAUCUGAUACUUGUUGUGAAGAUGAACAAGGUGCACCAUUUUGUUGUGGCGGUGCAAUACCUGAAGAAUAUUCUACACAGUAUGGUGGCUAUGCAGAUGAUAUGUAUGAUGCAGCUGAAAGUAUCAAUAAAAUAUUGAAUAUUAUCACAACAAUUGCUCUACUUUUAACUACCAUAUGUUUUACUAUGUGGCAUCAACAAGGACAAUAA